CGUUUGCUUGCUUUGCUUUUGCCCAGAAGAGGAGGCAGCAGAGCUCGGGGAGCGAUGGUAGAUAAGCUUGCCUACAGCUGAGUGACUCUGACUUGCCACGGUAGUCUUCGCGAUCGCUCCUCGCUCCUCUGGUCGCGGUACAGAGGGGAUAGACUUAGUGGUGAUGGCCCGGAUCCCCCGAGGCAGCUCGUGGGAUGCGGGCGCGGGGGUAGCAGUCAGCAGUCCAGUCUGCUCGUCGAGAUUCCCCCCAGGACUGUGGUGGGGGCCGGGGGAGGAGCGGGGAAGGGCCUCUCCUAGCCGGGCAGGGAGAGGACAUGGGAAGAAGAAAAGGCUCCCGCGCUGGGAUUGUCUGGAGUAAUGGGCACGCAAGUUUCUUCGGCUCUCCACCGCUGAGACACUUAGCCAACCGCUUGCGAUCCUCGUUGAUAACGUUUUUAAUCACAAGAUCCUUAACGCCGUGGUUUCAGAAUUACAGUUUUUGGGAUUUGUUUUCACUCUCUCAAGGGCAUCAGGUUUGGGAUGCCACCUGUAGGUGGUGUGACUAGCAGUUCGCAGUCUGAUAGAAACAAGGAAAAGUUGCUUCCAGAAGAAUGACUCAGCUCCCAGCCAAGCCUAGGUUUCACCAGAACAGGGCCUUUCCUGGAUCCUGUGUUCCUGCUCCUCAGAGCUGCAGAACUAGCAGCUUGCAGCACUAAUUAACUUUAUGGCCAUAAUAGCUUCCUGGGCUUAAAGGAACUGCUUAGGAAGAGUUUUGCUUUCUAAAGAUGACCUUCCCAAACGGAAAUUUACAAUGGCUACAAUGACUUAGGGAAACACAGCUUAGAGCUGGUAGAGAUGCAAGUAGCUCAGCUCCUUUUUACAUGUGAAGAAGUCGGUGCCCAUGAAAGUUAGAGCAGAUUGCCCAAGUCACAGAGGUCCAGAACAGGCUUCUGACCCAACACAGAACCCCUUCUGCCUCACCCACCACCGGGAUAAAAGCCCUCUAGAGGGAAGAGACCACUCUGGCCAGGCUAAGUUCAUGGCUGAGUGGCUUCUCUGCCUCUUGCCUCAAUUUCCCACCCUAGCCCUCACCUCUCCAACAGUACUGGGGAGGUAACAAUGCGGCAGGGACUAUUUCCAGUGCUUUAGCUGUAACAUUUUUGGUGAAGAGAGGAAACUAAAGCUCCUCCCUGAAGAAUAUCUGCUGAGCAGCCCGUGAUACUAUUGGCAUCGGACAUCUCGCCUCAGCACUCCUUUGGGCAGGUACAAGGCAAGGCCUCAGGGCUGGCUGAGCAGCUGGCUGCCUGCUUGGCGCCCCACUUCCAUGUCUCAGCUGAAGAAUGUGGAAGCCAGGAUCCUCCAGUGCCUCCAGAACAAGUUCCUGGCCCGAUAUGUGUCCCUCCCAAACCAGAACAAGAUCUGGACAGUCACCGUGAGCCCGGAGCUGAGGGAUCGCACCCCCCUGGUGAUGGUGCACGGCUUCGGGGGUGGCGUGGGCCUCUGGAUCCUCAACAUGGAUUCACUGAGUGCCCGCCGCACUCUGCACACCUUUGAUCUGCUUGGCUUUGGGCGAAGCUCGAGGCCAACGUUCCCCAGGGACCCCGAAGGGGCCGAGGACGAGUUUGUGACAUCCAUAGAGACAUGGCGGGAGACCAUGGGGAUCCCCAGUAUGAUCCUCCUGGGGCAUAGUUUGGGAGGAUUCCUGGCCACCUCUUACUCUAUCAAGUACCCUGAAAGAGUUAAACACCUCAUCCUGGUGGACCCAUGGGGCUUUCCUCUUCGACCAACUGACCCCAGUGAGAUCCGUGCACCCCCAACCUGGUUCAAGGCUGUGGUGUCUGUCCUAGGGCGUUCCAAUCCCCUGGCUGUUCUUCGAGUAGCUGGGCCUUGGGGGCCUGGCCUGGUUCAGCGAUUCCGGCCGGACUUCAAGCGCAAGUUUGCAGACUUCUUUGAGGAUGAUACUAUAUCUGAGUAUAUCUACCACUGCAAUGCUCAGAAUCCCAGCGGGGAGACGGCGUUCAAAGCCAUGAUGGAGUCCUUCGGCUGGGCGCGGCGCCCCAUGUUGGAGCGGAUUCACUUGAUUCGCAAAGAUGUGCCCAUCACCAUGAUCUACGGGGCCAACACCUGGAUAGAUACCAGCACAGGGAAGAAAGUAAAGAUGCAGCGGCCGGAUUCCUACGUCCGAGACAUGGAGAUUGAGGGUGCUUCGCACCACGUCUAUGCGGACCAGCCACACAUCUUCAAUUCCGUGGUGGAAGAGAUCUGUGACUCAGUUGACUGAGCUGCUGCCCCUGGAGGAAGAGGAGAAAGCCAGAGAGCCGCUCUCGCCUCCCUGUCCGCUUACUCGUCCCUGUGUCCUUUCCUCACCAACUAACAUGUGCCAUCCAGGCAGUCUUGGGCUGUCCCCAGGGCAGGACCACAGUGAAAAAGAGCACUCCCGAACCCACACGAAGGGUUGGAGGCUGAAGCCGCACGAGGCCUUGAGCACCCCACCCCGGGGAAGAACAUAAAGGGUUGCAUAGUGCCACCCAUUCUCUCCAUGCCAAGUGUUACCCAGAUGGUGGUUGUGACAGGAUCGCACUGAGCCACAUUCCCUCCCCGUGCCAAAGGUGGGGGGGGGGGGCGGCCUCUUCCCCUGGGUGAGGGAGAGGCUCCUGGCAGCCUUUCCCAGCUCUGGAGUGUUUGUGGGGAUAGGUUCCAAGCAAAAGCAUCCUCCUCCAUCACCCCAGCCUCCAUUCCAUGCCAGUUUUGUCCAGAGUCUGGUUGGGAGCUAACUACCAACUAACUACUAACUUCUUAACUACCAAGAGCAGGUCUCAGAGCGCCCUUGACCUGUGAGGUCCCUCCCACGACCUAAGAAGUCCUGUCCAAAGCGCUCAUUAACGGAUGAGGAACAGGCCAGGGCAGGACAUGGCUGGCCCAUGGUGAUACAGCUCUGCUCCGGGAGAGCUAAGGCUCGAACCCAGGUCUGCUGACACCCAGUACUCAUUGCAGACUCCAUUUUGCUAAAGUUCAAGGCAGACACCAUUGCCAUGAGGCUGGUCCUAGUCACUGGCCGAGGGUAAGCCCAUCCCUGUCCCACUUUCUAGCCCCAUUGUGCAGGCGUGCUGUUGUCCGGCCGUGUGUCUCGGCCCUGGCUGCCUAAGCGGGGGACACUCAAGUGCUUCCUUCCCUGCCCCCUCAUCCUCCCAACUGGGAGGCCUCUUGGCCUCCCUCUGUGCCUUGGGCCCUAAAGCCCCACCUGUAGGAUAGAGCAAAGAUGGCCCCUGGUGGAGAGAUAAGGGAAAGGCCCUUUAACCCCAGGGCUGUGUCUGGAUUCCUUGUUCCCACUAGUAUCCAUGGAGUUUUUCUACCCUGCCCAUGGUCUGAUGGAGAGCCUCAAGCCAGCAGUUCCCUGUCCUCAUCAGCCACAGGAUGGUUCUCACUGCCUGGCCCUCUAUCCCUGCCAUCUGUCCCAUGGUCUUCAGCUCCUCCCACCCCCAACCUACCAGUCACUGUCUCCCGGGGGCUGGUUCCGGGUGCUGCUCUGAGGUUCUGGGCCGUGGGCUGGGCCUGGCCCCAGAACCAGGGCAGCGUCUGUCUGCCCCUUGAGUUUUGUAAAGCCGACCCUUUCACCAGAAUAGUAUUAACUCCUGGUGCUUUGUACUACUGGUCCAGCUGCCUUGGGCUCCUUUUCUAUAUUAAUAAAGAAAUGAG